CCCGAUUCGCUCGCCUUCCCGCGCCCAUGACCUCCUUCAUCAUCAAGGCGCACCUGAACCGCCGCAUUCACCCCGACUGGCUUCGAGAAGACGCGCAGGUGAAGAUGAUCGACGACGACCCCGCGACCUGCACGUUCUGCCGGAUUAUCCGGGGCGAGCUGCCUGCGAGGAAGGUGUUUGAAAAUGAGGAGGUGGUGGCGUUUUUGGAUAUCAUGCCAAUACGAAGGGGGCACACGCUGGUUGUGCCGAAGGCGCACUUUAUGAGGCUGUCGGAUUUACCCGAGGUGCAGGCAGGCGCGUUGGGAGCAGCUGUGAGCAAGGUCUGCAAUGCGCUGGUCAAAGCCCUGGACCAUACCGCGCUGAAUGUUGUGUGCAACCAAGAAUAUGCACAAGCCGUACCACAUGUCCACUAUCACAUCAUACCAGCUCCGAAGCUUGGCUCUGCGACGGAAGAGGUGUCGUACAGCUCUUCCCAGCCGCCUAUUUCGCUAGGAGCUGUUCACCGGAUGGAGCUUGAGGGAAGAGACGAGCUGGAUGAUGAGGAAGCUUCCUCACUAGUGAAGGCAAUCACGUCACGCUUAUAGCAUGCCACCAGCGCAGCGCAUGCCCUUGCAACAUUUACCUCAGUUGAAGUUGAACUUUGUUGAACCUGAUUUUGUUGGUCACGCGGCAAAAUUCCCACGCUCG